AUGGAGGAGGCUGCGGGGAGCUGGGUGCCGACAGAGGAGGCGUACGGCAUGGCGUUCCGGGCCAUGCUGCAGUGGGUGAGGGACAACAUGGACUUGAACACCACCAGGGUCUUCUUCACCAGCAUGUCGCCUACUCACGGGAAGAGCCCGGACUGGGGCGACGCGCCGGGGGGCAACUGCUACAACGAGACGGCGAUGAUCGAGGACGAGGGGUACUGGAGCUCGGACAGCCGGCGGAGCGUGAUGCGGGUGAUCAGGGAGAUCCUCGACGGCGACAGUGCCGACGUGACGCUGACGUUCCUCAACGUCACGCAGCUGUUCAUGUACCGCAAUGACGCGCACACCUCCGUCUACAAGUGGCAGUGGAUACCGCCGACGGCGGAGCAGCUGGCGGAACCCAGGACGUACGCCGACUGCGUGCACUGGUGCCUCCCGGGUCUCCAGGACACAUGGAACGAGCUCCUCUACUCCAAGCUCUUCUACCCUUAG